AUGGACUUAGAGACAUGGUUUUAUAAUAAUAUUAAGAGCAAGAAGAAAGGCUGUGUUGAAGGGAUGCGUAAUAUUUUCUUUGUAGGAAUCAUGAUUAAACUGUUUAAAGUCAAGGAGAAGCAAAGAGAAGUUUCUGAAAAUGCCAAUGGGAGGGGCUCCAUUAAGAACCAGACUGCUGGGGAAUUGCGUCUUCAUAAAGGUUUUUCUGUAAGAGCGUCCCACCAGUGUCAGCUAGGUAUCAGAGAUGACAUCAGCGAGCUGAACCUACCCAAAUCAUGUACCAUAGCAUUUCGAAAUGGCAAGGAUGAUCUGAUGAACUUUGAGGUGUCCAUUCGACCUGACGAAGGAUCCUACAGGGGAGGCAAGUUUUUAUUUUCCUUCCAAGUUUCCCCUAUCUAUCCACACGAAGCACCAAAGGUCAAGUGCAAGACCAAGGUUUAUCAUCCUAAUAUUGACUUGGAAGGGAAUGUCUGCCUCAACAUAUUACGAGAAGAUUGGAAACCCGUGCUCAACAUAAAUACAAUUGUUUAUGGAUUGUACCAUCUUUUUAUGGAACCAAAUCAUGAGGAUCCUCUCAAUCGUGAUGCAGCUGCAGUGUUAAGAGAUGACCCGAAGAGAUUUCACUACAAUGUGAGAAAAGCUAUUGCCAGUUGAUAUGCUGGGCAGACAAUUGAUGGAAAUCGGAUUGUUUUUCGUUAUAGUAAGCAUAGAAGCUGAGAUUAGGAGUUAUUUGUCAUUUUACUUUUUAGGACUUAUUUGUCAUUUUUGACUAUUUUUGGGACUUAUUUGUCAAUUUAGGGUUUGUAUUCCCUCUAUAUAUAGAAGGGUGAGGUGUUUGUUU